AUGAAGUUAAAUAUUAUUAAUCUAGAGAUGACAGAUAUUUUUAGAGAUUCUUUUGAUGUAUCUUUACUAAUGAACAAAGGAAAAUCUUUUAAUAAUGAUUUACAAUUUAAAUCAAAUUGUUAUCUGUCUUCUCUUCUUGAAAAUGUAUCAAUAUCAUCAUCCCUUGAAAGUGUUGUUGAGGUAGAAGAAGGCAAAGGAAAUGAUGAUGAGGUAUUUUAUGAUGCUGUAGAGUAUCUAGAUAAUUCUACACAUUUGUUAAUGGGAAAAAAUGAAGAUUUUAGGAGAAAAGUCUUUACCAAACAAAUGGAUUUUUUUACAGAUCUUGGAAAUGAUUAUGAUUAUAUUUUAGAAAUUCAUCCAGAUAUAGGUAAAGAAACUUGUGAAAAAGACGAAAUUUCUUAUUUAUCAAGAGAUUGUAAUAGUAAUUUAUUAGAAUCGAAAAAAAAUAAUGAAUAUUCUAUUGUUAGUAUUUUUGAUAAAUACAAAGAAAAAAAGUCUAAUGUAUUAUUAAAUUUAUUAUUUCAUCCUGCAUUUUUAGUAAAUGGAGAAUCAAAUAAGGAUAAGAUUAAUUGUAUUGGAACGACAAUGUAUUUUAUCAAACCAACAGAGGCAAACAUUAAUACAAAAAUGAGACUAAAGUCAUACUAA